UUUUGCUGCCUUUUUGCACGCACAUAUUUCUACAACAAAAGGCACGACGAAGCGAGCGAUAAAGACAAGAAAAGAAUAAAAUAAAAAAAAACUUAGAAUUUACACGGCAUAUACGAAUCUAUACGGAAGCAUUUCUGUCAGUUCGAAAAAUUGAUUUAUAACUGUUAUGAAAACGUCUCCUCUCCCAAACGCCCAACGCCUAACAAAAUCCCUGGCCGUGCCCCAAUAGCAGUGUCCCGCAGCAGUCGCAGCCGCCCCCCAUCCCAGUCGGACGAGGGCAAAUACAUACGAGAGAGGAGCCAAAGUCCAGAGACGAAAUGGUCACACCACAAUCGCCCGUUCCCAUGUUCAACGGGCUGGACGAUGAUCUGUUUAAUGAUGCGAAAUAUGCGCACGAGAUCAACGACAAGAUGCGCGUGCCGAAACGGAUAAAGGCCACCGGCGAGUACUCCGACGAGGAUCUGUUGCUAUCGAAUCAGAAUGGAAUGAUUAGUUCGUGGAAUUAUCAUGACAAGAUCGAUAUGAAUGUGCCAGACAGGAUUGUGGUGCUGGGCCACAAUCAGCAUCUGGAGACGCGUUCGGCACCGCGUGAAAUCCAAUUGGAGAACUCCAUACUGCCCAAGAAUCCGUCGGUGGGCUUUCUGCGUGUACAGACGCCGCCGCGCGUCAUCACACUCACGGAUCAUCCUUUCCCAUCGGCCUCGGAGCAGAACUCACCGCACCAACGACCCAACGGCAAUUUCUAUGGCAACGAUCUGGACGGCGAUGUGGAUGACGACGAGGAGGGACAACGUGCCACACAAUAUGUGCGCUCCAAUGGCAACGUGCGCAUGGGAUUUCAGAACAGCAACGACGCCAAUUCCGUGGAAUCCGACUCGCAGCUCACAACGGGCAGCGGCAGCAAACGUUCGCAGCUGAUGCAACAGCAACUGCAGCAGCAGCAAAGCAAUUUGGAUGCCUCCAUGCUGUCCCAGCGCGAGGGCACGCCCAUGGGUGAACUGUCGCCGCACGAGGAGAUCCUCUAUCUGCGCCGCCAGCUGGCCAAACUGAAUCGGCGCGUGCUCAACAUUGAGAUCAACAACGAGCAGCGGAUGCAGCGCGAGAAGAUUGUCUACUGUCUGGGCCUGGCCUACUUUGUGCUGAAGACCAUCUUCUGGCUGAACCGCAACUAGAGGGUCGGGCCGGAUCGGGUCAGUUCAGGAUGCCACAGCCUGAUGGUGCUUAUCUCCGUUUGUUUGUUUGUCUUUUGUCUACUUGCUGCACACACACACACACACACACUCACGCAACGGCCAGCCGGGGGAAAAACUUGAGCAGAUUUUCCUUUACAGUUCGCAUGCUCAUGAUUUGUUUUUCAUUUUUUUUGUUUGCCGCCGGCAUUGGGAGAGAUUUUGUUGUUUUUCAUUUUUUUUUUUUUUUUUGCCAUAUUUGUUAUAAGUUCUGUCUUUAAUUAAAUAAGCACAACUAAGAUAUGUUUGUCCGUCGUGGAUACCCAAAAAAAAGAAAGAAAGAAAAAAUCAAAAACAAAAUCAACUUUUAAUAUUUGUCAAUCUAUGGAAAUGUAUUAUUAACUCUUCUUCUAUAAGCAGUUCAAAGUAUUUACCAUAUGUCUGAAGCAAACCAACCGAAGUAACUCCAAUCAAGCUCUACGAUCUUAAAUGCCUUUUUUUUUAUAUGUGUGUGUAUAUCCCAUCCGAACCAAUCCCAAGCACGGAACUGAAAAUUGUUUAUAUAUAUAUAUACAUAGAUCUGUGUAUUAUAUAUAUAUAUGUUGUGUAUACCUAAUGACUUAAUCUUAUAGCGCAUAAUUUUAACUAUCGCACCUCAAAGUUGAUCUGAAUUCUUAUUGUGCUUUUGUUAAAUGUUAGUUUAUAGGCUUAACAUUGUUAAACAUAAUAUCCCAUGGAGUACUAUACUUUGAUCCCAACAAGAACGUGAAUUAAUUAAUAGCCUAAUGUAAUGAAACGGUAUUUGUAUGCAUGAGAUAAACAAAAUACAUAACAUAGCAUUAAACAUUAAACAUUAAACAUUAAACAUUUUACAUCUAAUGGAAUCCCAAAAACAGCAGCAGCGACAGCAGCCGAUGAAAUCAUUUAGCUUUAGUGAUCGAUUAUUGAAUAUGAGAUGAUAUUUAAAAAACAAUAAAUAAGAAUAAAAACGUU